AUGAUUCACUUCCUUUUAGUGAACUGUCUUUCCAAAAAAUUGGUAACGAAGGUGAUCAAAGAAAUACCAAGCGAAUAUGAAACUGCGUUUAGUGAGUGCAGCUCUUCUCAGAAUAAUCUUUACGAUUAUUCUACUGCAAAAGUCGAUCCAGAAGUUAUUACGAUUACUUCAGGAUCUAAGUUUUGUGUUUAUGGAAACAUUAUGACCGCAUCUGAUAAGAAUUUCAUUGCUACUACUAAAUAUCCAUACCAGGACACAGAUAAUACUUGGAAAUUUAAUGAUGAGCAGCAAACCACAACAAAUCCCUUAUUUAUCCUAACAAAGUACCCAGCUAAGUUAGCAGAGCCAUACAAUUUUAAUCAUCAUCCGAUAACAAUGUUCCAGUGCGCUGAUAAUUCGCAAGAAUGCAAGAUUCAAGUUGCUUACAUCCAGCCAUCAUAUUAUGUCUUGCAAGAAACCGAAUAUAUGAAAUUGAAUACGGGAGUCCGUGUAAGAGUCACUACUAAGUCAUCUGGAGAGAAGACUCUUUAUACAGGAAUGGUUGCAUCGCCUUCGAUCAUUGGAUAUAUUGAUGUUGUCCAAGUAUUUGGCCCUCAAAAACAUAAUUUCCAUUAUAAGAAGCAAAAUGAUAAUGCAGAACUCACAGUUGCACCAUUUGGCAAUACAGAUCCACUUGAGGGUGACUUAGAUCCAUCUAAUAACCUUCUUGUGUCAAUUUCUAAAAAAGAUGCUCUCAGUCCUGCUCAAGCAACAAUUACAUAUAAAUUAGCAGAAGAUCCAGCUAAUGAUGACUUCUUCUUCCCAGAAAUUGAUGUCACUGUCUCAACGCAAGGUGGAGUUUUCACAAAAGAUAACGCUGACACUGCUUUCCCAUACAAUUUUGAUCCAUCAACUCCAACACCAGUUCCAGAACCAACAGAAGAACCAACACCAGUUCCUGAACCAAAAGAACAGCCAUCAGAAGCACCAACAGAACAACCAUCAGAAGCACCAACACCAGUUCCAGAGCCAACAGAACAACCAUCAGAAGCACCAACACCAGUUCCAGAGCCAACAGAUAAGCCAACACCAGAGCCAACAGAAAAACCAGUUCCAGACCCAACUAAUGCACCUGUCCCAGAACCAACAAAGGAACCAGUUCCUGAUCCAGAUGCACAAAAGAAAGGAUUAACUAAGAAGCAGAAAGCUGUCAUUGGAGGAAUUGUUGGUUUAGCUGUAGUUGCAAUCAUUAUAAUUGUCGUUGUUAUCUUUAUCGUGAAGAAGAAGAGAGCAGAAUCAACUGCAAUUCUUACAGAUAAAUUAAUUGAGGUCGUUUAA